AUGGGGUAUGUGAUGAGCAGCAGCGAUAAGAUGCAGAUGCCUGGUGGUCAUACCUUACUGCGUAACUACACGUGUGGUGUGAUAAUCUCCUCUCAGCUGGUCACAGGAACACAACAGGGAGAGCUCUGCAUCUUCAACCUGGAUACUAUGGUAUACCGUGCUAGUAUGCCUUGCUGUAACGGUACGGUGAGGGCCCUGGCUGUGAUUGGAGGGUCGCUCUAUGUAGCGGGAGGUGAUGGAAAGAUACGAUCGUUUGAAGGGUCGGAUGCUCAGUGGCAUGUUAUGGCUGAGAACGCAGUAGAUCCAGUAGUCGGGACAGGUUCUGAUAUUCUUUGCCUCACCCCAUCGCCCUCUGGUAAGGACCUCCUCGCCACAUCAGCUAACGGUAAGCUAUGGCGCAUCGACUCCCGCUCGUUGGAUGCAUCCCUAAUCCAGUCCAGUAUCACAGGAGAGGUUACCUGUGUGGGCUUCGGUAAAGAGGAGAGUAAGUAUCUAAUGUCGGGCUCCUCCCUAGGGAGGCUUGUCUUAUGGGACCUUGGUCAGCUCAAUCCUGUCGCUACUGCCAAGGUAGUUCCUGUGCUUUAUCGAGCCAAGAACCCGAUCACUAUUCCAUCUGCUAAUCCUCGGAAUGUCUAG